AUGGUUCUUGGAGGGGAGAAGGAAGUAGAGUCAAGUGAGUCAGGAGAGUUGAGGGUGUCUGAUGAAGAAAUUGACCCUGAUCCGUUGUGUUCUAUUCUUCCUGAAAUUGAUUGGCCCAAUUCUUCAUCUGAUCAGGUGAUGAGGAAAGUGGAUGAAAUAAAGGAUUAUCUGAUUUUUGAGCUUGGUUUGAUCGAUUUACUGAUGGUUGGUAGGGAUUUUACGUGGUCCAAUGGAAGGGCAUGGUCUAAGCUGGACAGAUUUCUGGUUUCAGCUUCUUGGGAGGUUCGUUUUCCUGAUUUGAGGCAGAAAAGCUUUGUACUGGCGGGUAAACUUAAAGUAUUAAAAGCAGAUUUGAAGAAGUGGAAUGUUGAGGAGUUUGUGAACACGAAAAAUAAAAGGAAACUUUUGAUGCAGUAUUUGCAGAGUUUGGAGGAAAGGGAGCUGCUGGGUGACAUUUCCGGCGAGGAAUUGGAGAGAAAAAAAGUGAUUGUGGAUGAAUUAGAGAAGAUCAUUUUAAUGGAGGAAAUCUCUUGGAGACAGAAAUCCCGGGUCCUUUGGCUAAAGGAAGAUCAAGAGGUCAUUAAGGAUCGCAUUGUCAAUUUCUAUGAGAAGUUGUUCAGCGAAGAAUACUCAUGGAGACCAAAGCUUGAUGGAAUGUUUUUUGACUCCAUUGAUGAGGCAAGUGCAGAUUGGUUGGAGAGAGCUUUUGAAGAGGAUGAAGUUCUUGAUGUGGUUAGAGGAAUGGCUAGGGAUAAGGGUUCGGGUCCGGAUGGUUUCUCAAUGGCUUUCUUUCAAUCUUGUUGGGAUAUAGUGCGGGAUAAUAUUAUGAAGGUAGAGGCUGUGGAGAUGUGGGAUUUUCAGCCUGUUAGUUUGGUGAAUGGGGGUAUACAAGAUAAUCUCUAA